AAAAAAAAUGAGUGAUAAUAAAGACACUUCUCUUCUUCAACAACCACCUUCACCGUCCAAUACCGAUGAUGAGGAAAUCAUUACACAACUUACUUUGGCUGGUCUAAAAGUACUCAUGGUGCGCAAACGCGAUCAAAUUAUUUACAAAUUACCGGACAACAUGCAAGUAGCCGCUAUCGGGGAGGAACAACGACAACAGUUAAUGAAGGAGAUUCAAGCUUUGCAUCAAGCAACGAUGGCAGCUGCAGCUUCGGCUCAACAAAAGCAACACGAUAUUAAACCCAUUGCGCCUAAAAACGAGACACCUUCAUUAGACACACCACCUCAACCCACCGCCGCAGAAGCGGACGCCAUUAAAGAAACCGCUCGCAAAUUAAGAGAAGAAUUGGAGCAGCAACAAUAUCACUUGAAGCAACAACAACAAAUGUUUCCAUACGAUUCAAACCCUUCUUCACCACAUGAUAAUAGUAAAACCACCAGAAGGUAUAAUAAAACUGGGAAAUAUUCAAAGAAGAAACAACAACAGUUACAACAGCAGUUGCAUCAACAAUUUAAUCAGCAGUUACAGCAACCUUACCUCUAUCAGCAGCAGCAACAACAAUUGACUCAACAACAGUUAUUGGCUUUACAGCAAUCCCUUCAAAGUAACAAUACCUCCACACCAACUACGCCUGUCACUGCAAGCGCUGCUAGUACUCCCAUGAGUGCAAAUACACCUAAUACCGCUUUUCCUUUCCCUCCGCUUCAACAACAACCACAACCACAACCACAACAACCACAACCACAACAACCACAGCAACCACAGCAACAGCAACCGCAACAAGCACAGCAACAACCACAACAGCCACAGCAACUACAGCAACCACAGGAACAAAACAUCAAGUCUUCUCCCGCUCCUACUCCACCUCCACCUGCGACCAUAAAUCAAAGGGCUGCCACCUUACAACAGCCAGAUUCGAUCCUAUCCAAGAGAUUACCUGAGGAAGAAAUCCAGCAUCGUGAAGUCAAGAAAAGAUGUAUAGAAUCAUUAUUGGCUGAUCAGAAAGCAGUUACAGCGCCUGAUUAUGAAUCACCUUUUACUUCGGUAAAAGAUGCCAUGGAUCGUUUAUUACCGUAUCAUAUUUAUCAAUACCCUAAAGGCGAUUUAGACGCAAAUAAGAUUCCACUGGAAAGACAAGAUCAUACAAUGAUUGAAAUUUUCAAAUGCCAAACCGAGUUAUUCGAAAAACAUGCCACGAUCUCUCAAAAAAUCGAAAAGAACGGAGGCAAUGUAUCGUUGAAAAUAUUAGUAGAAAGACAAGUGUUGGCUGAGCAACGUCAGAAAUUAACAGAGGAGCAGGCAAGAGUGGCUGCUGAACAGGCAGCACAGCACCAGGAAUUGUUACGCGUGCAAGCGGAAAAGGCCAGGUUAACGGCGGCCGCUGAACAAGAAUCUCGUCAGCAGCAGCAACAAAUGUUACAACAACAGUUACAACUACAACAACAACAGCAGUUGCAACAACAGUUGCAGCAACAAUUACAACAACCUCAACAACAACAGCAGCAGCAGAUGCAGCCCCAACAGUUACAACAACAGAUGCAGCAGCAAAUGCAACAAUUGCAGCCACAACAGUUACAACAAUUGAUGCAGCAAAUGUUGCCUGCUCAAGCUAUGAACCAAUUAGAACAAUAUCAGAUGCAGCAACAACAACAGCAGCAGCAACCUCAACAGCAAAAUUCAGCUGCAACCGCAUCUGCCAAUUAUGCAAAUGGGCUAGCUCAAGCUACUGCACUGCUUACCAACCCCCAAUUCCAAAACCAAUACAGCCAAUUGAGUCCAGAAUUACAACGUAGAUUGCAAAUAAAUAGAGAACAAUUAAUUUCAUUAAUCAAUAAGCAACAACAAAACAACAACAACAACAAUAACACUCAAUAAUAAGAUUAAAAAAAUAUUUUGUAGUAUUACCCUUGUACAUAUAAAAAAAAGAAAUAAUAAAAAAAAAAA